AUGGCAGCUAUAGUGUAUCGGGUUGAUUCCCGCGAUCCCAACGUAAUAAAUGACUGCGACGGCUUUAAACUAAACUGUCCGGCACAAGUACCCCCUGAUUAUGAGCCUGUGCAUUACAUGCAUAACAAUCUGGGAGACUUUUGGGGAGCAACAUGGUCAAGCCAAGCGGUCGCGCUGGAAUACAUCAACAGAUACGCCCCCUUUUCCCGCGCAUGGAUUUAUAUGGUUGAGGCGAAGCGCGAACACGCCCCCGCUGAGGAGAUUAUCUACACAACCCAGCCAGAUCUGUCAGGAUACCCCUGGAGUAAUGUCCCUUAUUUUAGACAUUCAGUCCGCCCUGGUACCGAUGAAUCGAAUGGUGACUUCGUUGAGAACCCGGAUUACCGGAAGCCUUUGUGGUCAACGGUACGUCAAAGUAUAACCAAACCGUUUAAAACGAAGAGCAAAAAGGGCGGCUGGCCAUGA